AGUGUGUUCUUACACUUUUCUUUUGUUUGGUUGAAUAGAAAGUUUUCGAACGCAAAACAAGUCCACAACCUUUGUCAUUGGUAACAACCUCUCUUAACUCCUUUCGAGUCCUCCCAACUUGUAAACUUCUAAUCUCUUAUCUCUCACCAUUUUCCCUAUUAUUGAUUUGAACGGUAAGCCGAUAUUAUUUACUAAUUAACCCGAUCUAAAUAAAAGUAGUCGAUUUAAAAUAGCACUACUAAUUCAGUGUAAAAUUAAAAAAAAAUUGAAAAAUUAUCUUGGUAAUCGGUUUUAAAUGACGUAAAAUCCAUAUCCGAGCGAACAUGGGAAAAAUAAAAUGCAGUUAAUUUGUUUAGAUUGAAUUCUUAGAAUUAUUAAAUAAUUUGAUUCUUACACCACUACCGGCUCGUUUGAACCUUCAGAUUACAAUAACGUUAAUUCCUUUGUAUCCGACUCAAGUCUUUCGUUAAGUCCCACCGCACAUGGAUGUCGCGUCACUUAUAAAAUUCGUUGUGACUAUGGGUGGAAAUGGGUUCUAAUUGCUUAUAGGUUUUGCUUCUUGUAUCCAUGGUGGUGGUCGACUGGUCUAAACUUCCAACGGAGCUUCUCAAUCUGAUAUCACAACGAAUCGAUAAUGAAGUUGAUCUCAUUCGAUUUCAAUCAAUUUGUUCAACAUGGCGCGCUUCCUCCGUCCCAAAUCAUCAUCACAUUUUACCCUUCAAGUUCCCACUCCUCCAAACCCCAUUCUUCUCUCAUCAGAUUGAGACCCUCAUCAACAUUGACCUUCCAUUCGGUUACCUCUCCAAACAUAAUUUCUUCCUCAUCAAACCACCACAACAACAACAACAACAAACUCUACUUCGCCCUUGGUUGAUAAGAGUUUGCCAAAACACGCGUGGCCAAACCCAAUUAUUCCACCCACUCUUCCAUCACUACCCUCUUCCUCGUAUCCGUCUUGUGCUCGAUUUCAACAAAUUAUCUGUCCUCCAUUUGGGAAGCAACAAUUUCAUUAAGGACCACGACAUCAAAACCGACAAUGGUAAGUACAGGUUCCCUAUAAAGGUCGUUGCUGUCACGUGCCAUGGAAAAAAACCUCUCGUUGCCGUUGCACCAGCCUUUCCCCCACAGCCGUUACUUUUGAAAUGUGGUGAUGGGAAAUGGAAGGUGAUCCUCGACAUGUCAACGGGAUUCGGAGACAUAUGCCUUUUUAAAGGGUGGCCUUAUGUGGUUGACAAAAUUGGUAAGACAGUUAUGGUUGGACCAGACUCGAGUGUCCAUUUAGUGGCUGAACCUUUGGUUGGUCGUGGAAACAAGAAAUUCUUAGCGGAAAGCAAGGGAGAUUUGUUGUUAGCGGAUGUUUAUGACCCUGAUCUUAACGAUUCUGUAUGGAUUGAUUUGUUUAAACUUAAUGAGAAGGAGAAGAAGUGGGUGAAGUUGACUAGUUUAGGGGAUAGGGUUUUGUUCUUGGGAGAAGUAUGUUCGUUCUCUGUUUCUGCUUCGGAUUUGUGCGUUGCCAAAGGGAAUUGUGUCAUCUUUAGUUAUAGUAUCAUCUGUUCAUCUAAAUCUGAAAGUUGUAUUUUGGACUUGGAUCAAGGUCGGCAUUCGCCUCUAUCUGAUUAUCCUGAAUAUUCCAACUUGUUCUGGCCACCUCCAAAGUGGAUCUGAUUUCGUUAUCAAACUACACGUUCAGCACCAAGCUCUUAAUUACAUAUUCAUGCGAGUAUAUCUCUUGAAAAUGAGGUGAAACUUGGGUUGCCAGAGAAGUGUUUUGGUGGAUUCUUCAAGUCUUUUGUAAGCAACCUGUGAUCAUUCAUGGUUUCUUAUUUUUUUUUUUUUUUUUUAUGUGGACCACUUGCAUUGUUAUGGUGCUGUGAAGUUUAAACUGCAUUGAUCAAUUACACUUAUAUCUCAGACGAGUUUACUUAAGUUUGA